UAAUUUUUUGUAUAUCGCUGAAGUAUGAAAUGAAGUUUAUUUCGAAAACUAGGAAAUACCUUCUUUCAAAUGCUGUAUUUUAUGUUUGAAACGAACAUUUUAAAUAAAAUUAAAAAGUAAAUGUUAUAAGCGCAUGCGCUACUCUUGUCAGUGCCGUCAUAUUUAUUUCAUUUGUUAUUGUGCAUUUUCGUCAACAUAGUGGUAGCUUAUCUCCAUGGCUGCUCAACAAUCAUCACUGCUACUUCGUAAGCAAUUGAACGAACUGAAGAAAAAUCCUGUGGAAGGAUUUUCUGCUGGACUGAUUGAUGAUAAUGAUAUUUAUAAGUGGGAAGUUCUUAUAAUUGGGCCUCCUGAUACUUUAUAUGAGGGUGGCUUUUUCAAAGCACAUCUUUACUUUCCAAAAGAAUAUCCCCUGCGGCCUCCAAAAAUGAAAUUCAUAACAGAAAUCUGGCAUCCAAAUAUUGAUAAAACUGGUGAUGUGUGCAUAUCAAUUCUGCAUGAGCCUGGAGAUGAUAAAUUUGGAUAUGAAAAAGCAUCAGAGCGGUGGUUGCCUGUUCACACUGUGGAAACUAUCCUAAUUUCAGUUAUAUCAAUGUUGGCUGAUCCUAAUGAUGAAUCUCCCGCUAAUGUAGAUGCUGCAAAAGAAUGGAGAGAGAAUUAUAUAGAAUUUAAAAGAAAAGUUGCACGAUGUGUUAGGAAAAGUCAAGAAGAUGUUUAGAAAUUAUCUUUUUAGCAAAAAAAAAAGGGAAAAAAUGGUCAGGAAAGUCAGAACUUUUAAGGCUGCAAAUAAUUGCUCAUUGUCCUGCCACCAACUGACCUACAACUGAUCAGAGAAACUGUGAUUCAUACAAGUGUUAUUCGGAGACCUCUCAUGCUCUAUUCAGUUUCCACUUUGAAAAUGGGAAUGUUUUGAACCAUCCUUUUACUUUUCAAAAUGUAUUUCCAAGAUUCAUUUACUUUGCACCUUCUCAUUCCUCUACAGUGCUUAAAUUCUUAAAUUGAUACCAGUUCUCUGGAGUGGAAGCCAUGAAGGGGUGUUGCAGACAGAACAAUUUGUACAGAUCUCACUGAUUGCACACCCAUGGUCUUUGAAAGGCAGGCAUAUAUUAUUGUCCUAGAUGCAAUUGAUCUGGGAACCUCACAUUGUCUUGCAGCUAAUUGACUUUAAUCAUGCUUGUACGGACAUGGAAUAGGCGACUACAGAAUUUUAUAUGCAAAUAGUACCAAUUGACAUUAGUUAUUUUUUAUAGAAAAACAAUGAAUUCCCCAAAAGAUCUGGCACUCUAUAAAUGAAUCGAAGAGUGCUUGCUACAAGAAUAUCAGGCAGUUCUUUUAUGAUAUUUUGAUGAAAAUUGGUGCAAAGACAAUCCAUACCUCAUUCGCAGCCAAAGAAGUUUGUUCAGUUCUUGAUUGUGUGAUAAUUUUUUUAAAUUAAAUGUAUUUCUUCCAUUAGUUUUCCUUCAUUUGUAAAUCUUACAAGUAAAAAUAUGCAAUUGGUACAGCCGCUGUGGUUUUUCCACUUCACUCUCAUUGAUGCAACUACCUUGCCAUUGGCAUUUUCAGCAUUAACAACUUAUUUCGAAUCUAUUUUUUUUAUUUAAACUUAUGGUACAAAUUAGUUUUGUAUUGUUGAUAUAUAUUUAAAGAAAACAUAUUUAAUUUUGAUGCUUGUCACAAAAUUAUUUGUACUACAUGUUUUAUAAA